CAAAGGCAACGUGGUAUCAAUUGCACUGUUCCAAUGCGUACUAUGAAGCCAUUUGAAAAUGGAAAAAGCACUUGUCAGUUGACAUCCUGUAGGAAUUAAUUAGGUGAUGCGUUUUAUUGCGUGUCCAUAUUGCUGGAAUCGACGUGCGCGCUUUUCUGAACCACAGGAUUUGUAAUGUACAAGCAGGGAAUACAUCUUGGAUAACAGGGCAGUUCAAGUCAAAAUCGAAGGGGAGAUGGAGUGAAGGUCUACCGGACCAAACCACGAAAGCGCCUGCUGCCAGCCCCCGCCGGCAAUGUCUCGGGCAAAAUGCAUCGUCUAUUCCGAGUGUUUUUCCUAAUAAGACCCUUAGCAUCAGAGCAAGACCACGAACAAACCUGGAUUGCAGCUACACCUAAUAUACAGAUCCAAGCAGUCACAGAAGCAAACAGUGGCAUCUUCAGCAAACAGCUGCUAAUGGAGUACAUCCAUUUCUAGCCAUUUGAUCGGCCACGGGGCUAAGGGUCUGUGCCGAACGUUUUUUAUCACUCGAGUCCUUUUUUAAAACUAUAAGGAAUGUUAGGAUUCCACCGAGGAAGGCUGUUUGGGGUUCUCUCGGCACCGGUAAUUGUCGCGAUUGUGUGCUGCGCUCAGAGCGCCAAUGAGCCAGGCAAUAUGUCUUUUGUCAAAGAGACCGUGGACAAGCUUUUAAAGGGAUAUGACAUUCGCCUUCGACCAGACUUUGGUGGGGCCCCGGUUGCAGUUGGCAUGAGCAUAGAUGUGGCGAGUAUAGACAUGGUGUCCGAAGUCAAUAUGGACUACACAUUGACCAUGUACUUUCAACAAUACUGGCGAGACAAGCGAUUAGCCUAUGCAGGAAUCCCACUGAACCUGACGCUCGACAACCGGGUGGCUGAUCAGCUUUGGGUCCCGGACACCUAUUUCCUGAAUGACAAGAAGUCUUUUGUGCAUGGCGUGACAGUGAAGAAUAGAAUGAUUCGGCUCCACCCAGAUGGCACGGUUCUCUAUGGCUUGAGGAUCACCACGACUGCUGCUUGCAUGAUGGACUUACGGAGAUACCCGCUGGAUGAACAAAACUGCACCUUGGAAAUUGAGAGCUAUGGCUACACGACAGAUGAUAUCGAGUUCUAUUGGAAAGGGGGAGACAAUGCUGUGACCGGGGUGGCAAGGAUUGAGCUGCCUCAGUUCUCCAUCGUCGAUUACAAGCUGGUGUCGAGGAACGUUGUUUUUUCCACAGGUGCCUACCCACGACUGUCUCUAAGUUUCAAGCUGAAGAGAAACAUCGGAUACUUCAUCUUGCAAACCUACAUGCCCUCUAUUUUGAUCACCAUCUUGUCCUGGGUAUCAUUCUGGAUCAAUUACGACGCCUCCGCGGCAAGAGUUGCUUUGGGAAUCACAACUGUGCUGACUAUGACCACUAUCAACACGCACCUGCGAGAGACGCUGCCCAAGAUCCCCUACGUCAAAGCCAUUGACAUGUACCUGAUGGGAUGCUUUGUUUUCGUCUUCCUGGCCUUACUGGAGUAUGCAUUUGUCAACUACAUCUUCUUUGGUAGAGGUCCUCAGAUGCAGAAGAAGCUGGCGGAGAAGGCAGCAAAGGCGAAUAAUGACCGUGCCAAAUAUGACGGUAACAAGUCUGUUCUGGAAGGAGGCAAUUGCAAGGCAUCAUCUGUUAAACAGUCCAAUCAGGUACAAGGGCAUCGUCACUCACAAGCGGUUGAUGCCCAUGGGAACAUUUUGCUGACAACCUUGGAAAUCCACAAUGAGGUGACAGGCAACGAGACCACGACUAACGUGACAGAGACCAGGAACUCUUCCUCCAUGACGUUUGACAAUCUGGGGGUCCAGUACAGGAAGCAGAGUGCGCCGCGGGAGGCAGGGCGCCAUAGCCUGGAUAGAAACGCCCAUCCGAAGAAGCCACGCCUCCGCAGGAGGUCCUCGCAGCUCAAAAUAAAAAUCCCCGACCUGACAGACGUGAAUGCCAUCGACAGAUGGUCACGGAUAAUAUUCCCUGCAGCGUUUUCUCUCUUCAAUUUAAUCUAUUGGCUUUACUACGUGCACUAAGAUGCAGGUUGGGAUUGUUGUUGUUUUUUCAUUGCUGUUCUUGUUUCUCUUUUUGAAAAAGAAAAAAGACUGCGUCUGUAUUCCAAGGACGUCAUUGUUUGUCCUCCUUGUCAAAGUUUUUAUACCUACAAUCCUGCUCCCUUCAACCCCCUAACAUCAGCAGAUUGCAGACUUUCUCACAUACUUGUUUUUGUAAAGAAAUGUUUAAAUGGGUUCCUCUGACAUUUGUAAGC